AUGGGAGAGAAAGAGGAGAUCUCGCCAGCGCGCGAGCCCAGCGUUGAUGAAGGGCAACUUGCUGCUGAGAAGCAGAUGCGUGAUAUCGGCGCAGAUCUGUAUCUCGAAGUCCAGCAAUACUCAAGAGAAGAGCUAGAAGCAGAACGCAAAGUCGUCUUGAGAAAGAUCGAUUGGGUCAUCAUGCCGAUGAUCUGCAUAACAUACAUGAUCCAAUUCCUCGACAAACUCUCCCUAAACUACGCAAACGCCUACACCCUAACCCCCGACCUCGGUCUUCAAGGCGACCGCUACGGCUGGGUCGCCGCCAUCUUCAACUUCGGCUACCUCUUCUGGGCGCUCCCCGCAAACUACCUCAUCCAGCGGCUCCCCGUCUCGAAAUACACCGGCCUAAUGAUCCUCCUCUGGUCCAUCCUGCUCUGCUGCCACGUCGCAGCGAAAAACUACUCCGGCAUGCUAGCCCUCCGCUUCUUCCUCGGCAUGUUCGAAGCCAGCAUCAGUCCCGCGAUUAUGAACAUAGUCAGCAUGUUCUACCGCCGCGACGAACAGCCCGUUCGUAUGUGCGUGUUCCUUGCUUUCAACGGCAUGGCAACGAUGGUCGGUGCGCUCCUCGGCUACGGCCUCGGCCACGCGCAUUCCGCGCAUAUCAAAACGUGGCAACUCAUCUUCCUCGUCAUCGGCCUGUUGAACUUCGUCUGGGCGUGGGUGUUCCUCUGGGUUAUGCCUGAUAGUCCUUCCACCGCCAAGUUCCUGGACCAUAAACAGCGGAUUGUGGCGAUUGAUCGUAUUGCGAGCAAUAUGAUUGGUGUGAAGACGAAGCAGUUUCAGAAACAUCAGGCGCUGGAGGCCGUGCUAGAUUUCAAGGUUCUUUGUAUUAGUUUGAUUGGGCUGUGUUGUGGUGUUAUUAACGGCGGUGUGUCGAACUUUUCGUCGAGUUUGAUAAGGGGGUUCGGGUUUAGUGGCAUCUAUGCUACGUUGCUGCAGCUUCCGACGGGGGCUAUUGAGUUUGUUGUUGUGCCGCUGUGUGGACUUGCGGCGGGUUACUUUAGGGAUACAAGGUGUCUUAUCCUGGCUCUGGUCUGUCUGCCACCGCUGGCUGGCUUGUUGGGGAUUCGACUCACGCCGCUAUCGGAACGCUGGAGCCUUGUCGGAUGCACUUGGCUGCAGUACAUCAUUGGUGCGCCGGUUAUCUUGUCCUGGAAUCUGCUUACGACGAAUAUCGCGGGUCACACGAAGCGUAGUACCGCAAACGGCAUGUGGUUCGUUUUCUACGCGGCGGGCAAUAUCGCAGGAGCGAACAUCUUCUUCGCGAGGGAGGCGCCACGUUAUUUCUCGGCCUUGACCGGGCUCAUCGUUUGUUAUUGCGCGAUGGUGGUGAUUGGAGGUGUACUGGCUCUGUGGAUGGGCUGGGAGAACAAGAGGAGGGAUAGGAUGUAUGGUCAGGGUGAAGAUGAUCAGGCUAUCCGAGACGGGUUCAGUGACUUGACGGAUAAGCAGGCGAAGCAUUUUAGGUAUGCGCUGUAG